AUGCCCGUCUGGCCACCCAACUCCACUUGGUACGAUGAUGAGGCUCUCGUCGAGUACUACACCACGCAUGCGGUGCCCAUCCACCUGCAGCCUGGUGUGCUUGUCGCCUCCAUUCUCGUGUCCGUCCUAGGCUCUUACGCCACCCUGCUGGUCCUGGGUCGUCGUACAUCGGCGCGCGGAUUCCGCAACCUGUCACUCCUUUUGCUUGCUGCCGUGUGUUUCGCGGCCGUCGCCGUGUGGGGUAUGCAUUUCGUCUCGAUGAUUUCAAUUCGUCUUCGCCCAACACCCGACUACACCAACAAGACAUGGUAUCUUAUUUUCUCCCCCGGCAUGACUGCCCUCUCUCUUUUCGUUCCCCUCAUUGCCACGAGCUUUGCAUUCUGGUUUAUGGGAUCCGAGGCCGAAUUCGUUUGGUGGCGUGGUCUCGUCUCGGGUGUCAUGGUCGGUCUCACCAUCGGUCUCAUGCACUACUCGGCUGCGUUCAAGCUUCAGGAUCUCGACGUUGGCUACUCGGCCGUCACGGUCGUGUUUGCGCUCAUCCUUGCGUGUGUCGCUGCCACCGUCGCCCUGUCGCUCUUCUUCCGUCUUCGCGAGCAGUGGCAGGACUCGUUCUGGAAGCGCUGCGUCUGUGCCGUAUUCCUUGCUGCCGCCGUGUGCGGUAUGCACUACCUCGGUCUCGGCGGUGCUUCGUACCGUGCCAAGAAGAACGUCGACCCCACGCUCCUCGCCCACCGUCUGUCCAACGGUCAGAAGCAGUCCAACACCCUCACCAUUGCCAUUUCAGUCAUGUGUGGCUGUAUCAUUCUUCUUUCGAUCGCCCUUGCCGCGCUCGACUACCUCAUCCGUCGUGACAUUCGUGACAAGGCCCGUCACAUUGUCGUCGCGUCGGCUGCGUUUGACCAGACUGGCAAGCUCCUUGUGCGCCACGACGGUACCAUCCCCAUGCAGAUUAUCCAGACGGACGCCGACCUGUCGCGCGUCCUGGGUGAGCUCGACCCCCGUCGCCCCACCUUCCAGUGGCUCUACCAGCUCUCGUUCAACUGGAACAUCAUUACCCCCUUUGUCCCCCGCAUUCUCCGCGAAAUUGCCACUCGCACCAAGAAAUCGGACCAGUCGGCUCCUCCCACUUCGGACCGCUCGAUGAACCGUACCGCCUGGGAGCAGCUUCUCUUCCGUUCGCGUUUCGUCGAGGCAUGUGUGCUGCUCGCCCACCAGCUCGACCUUUCCGUCGAGUCGCUCGGCGUCAUGUUUGACCGUGUGCUUACUACCGGUACGCGUAACCCCAACGCUCCCGAGGUUGCCGACGAGAAGAACCCCAAGGGUGACGACGAGUCGUCCAUCCACGGUAUCACGCUCCGCCUCCACUCGUCCGAGGGUGUCAUGCUCUUCAUUGUCCGUACCAUUGGCGCCGGUGCCCCGGCCGCACACGACGUGCCCGGUGCAGACAAGCAGAUUGGCGUGUCGACCGACAACAUUGACUCGUACCUUUCGCGCGGCUACCGUCUCACCGAGACGCGUUUCUUCUCAAAGACCCUCGCCGACAACAUGGGUGUCUCCAAGUCGGAGAUGGACGUCUUCCUUUCCGCGUGCAAGACGUACGCCAAGCGUGGUACCCGCCCCGUCGUCCAGGCCGGUGGUGCGUACCUUGGUCUCUUUGGUGUGCGCCCCGCCGCGGACAACGGUCUCGACGUCCUUGUCUACAACUUUGCCCGUCACCAGAUCCCUGCCUACCGUCUCCCCGAUGUCGGCUACCCUCUCACCCCUGCAAUGCGUAAUUUCGUGCGCGACUGUGCCAACUUGAGCAUGGGCGAAGUGCUGCAAAAGUGCAACGACGCCGUCCAAGAGGCCGAGGCGUCGGACAAUGAGUCGACCAUGUCGCUUGACGAGACUCUGUACGAGUUCCAGGCGGCUAUUGCCGUGGCAGUCGAGGCGCUCACUACGGCCCUCCGUUGCUGGCCCGACCUGCAGUUGACCGCGCGCCUGUCGCCCGAGAUCCUCGACCUCCCCACGUCCGAGGCCGACGACAAGGUUCCCGCCCAGAUGAUCAUGCUCGAGGUCGUUCUCGGUGCGCCCGAGGCCCGUAUCACCCCUGUCCAGUCGCGUGCGUCCGGUGUCCAGGCUCCCGGUGUCCGCUCUGGCCGCCACGACUCGGACAAGCCGCCUCCCCCCUUCGUCUACACGCCUUACAACCUGUUCACCAAGUCGCAGGGCAUGCUCCUCCGUUCGCGUGCGUGCAACGACUAUUGCCGCGGCACGCAGGCGGACCUCGCCCGCCUGUACCCCUUCGUUGCCAGCGACGUCGCCACCGAGAUUGAGGAGUCGGACGUCAAGCGGCCCAUGGUCCCCAACCCCUUCGAUUCGAUCACCUCGGCAAGCACCAGCAAGUGGAACGCGCGUGUGGGCAAGCUCGGCAAGGGUCUCGCAGUGGACACCAAGGGCACCGCCGAGGCGGCCUUUGCGUCUCCCGACACUGCCGAGCACCCCCCCAUCUCCCCAGGGAGUGACAUGGAUGGCGAGUCUUAUGGCGGUGGCGGCGUUGCAUCCAGUAUCACGACGCUUAUGGGUGCUGCAGCUUCUCCAGCCGGAGCGGGACCACGAACGAACAACAGCCACCUCGGGCACGGCAAGCCGCUGUCCUUCCACCGCACCGAGGCGAGCGAGGACGGCUUCGACAUUCGCAGCGAAGGCGGCACCGCCGACAUGCCCGGCCCGCCCGUCUACCAGAACAUUCGCUCAAAGACCGAGGGCUGGUUCACGCGCUCCAUGCGCACCAUGGAGCGCAACGACCGCGGCGGCCUGCUCCAGGGCGUCGACCUGAGCGACUGA